AUGCGCAACAACUGCAGGAAGAAUUUUGUGCUGGUAGGGAGCAUUCUCAUACUGCUGGUGUACCUGUUCCUGACGCUGUUCUACGACGGUGGUCGCGGACGGUUUGAUAAUGUACUCAGACGAUUAGCUCUUCACCGAAGCAGAAACAUCGACGAGCAGAAGGUUCAACUGCGACACGAAAUCACCUCUACCACCCCUUCAUCCUCAGUCGGCACAACGCUAUUCAAGUUCCUGUACACAACGCUCGGGCUCGAUCCAAGGUUUCCGGUACCACCGGGUGACAUGGGAACACCGGUGGAGAUUGACCUGAACGAUACCGAUGUGGACAAACUGGUGGGAGAUGGUUUGCUCGACCAGGGACUCAACCAGUACUCCUCGGAUCUCAUGUCCCUUCGGCGACGACUGCCCGAAAUUCGGAACGCUUGGUGCCGUGAACCGGGUCGAUAUCCGGCCGAUUUACCACCGACUUCGAUCGUGAUCGUGUUCUACAACGAAGCGUGGUCAGUGUUGGUGCGCACGGUGCACUCCAUUCUUGACCGAUCACCUGAGCAGCUGGUGCGCGAAAUAGUGCUCGUGGAUGACUUCAGCUAUUUGCCUCAUCUAAAAACGCAACUAGAGGAGUACUUUGCCAGUAACCCAAAGAUCCGAAUUAUUCGGGCCCCGAAACGAUUGGGAUUGAUCAGAGCCCGGAUGCUUGGUGGGAAGAGCACAAAGACGGACAUAAUUACAUUCCUUGAUGCGCACGUUGAAGUUACUAUCGGAUGGUUGGAGGCACUGAUACAACCGGUUGCCGAGAAUUGGACCACGAUCGCUCUACCAACUGUCGAUUGGAUUGACGAGAACAACAUGAAGUACCGCAGCGAUAAAUCACCGUCUUUUGUAGGUGCAUACGAUUGGGAUCUUAACUUUGGCUGGUGGGGUCGAUAUUCGCUAAAAAAGAAGUAUGACAAUAUGAUGGUGCCGUUUGAUACACCCGCCAUGGCUGGAGGACUGUUCUCCAUCAACCGGACGUUCUUCGAACGACUCGGUUGGUACGAUGACGGUUUCGAUAUCUACGGCAUCGAGAACAUCGAGCUAUCGAUGAAGAGUUGGAUGUGUGGUGGAAAAAUGGUGACCGUUCCCUGCUCCCGUGUAGGCCACAUCCAGAAGACUGGCCAUCCGUACCUCGCUAAACAGUCGAAAGACGUUGUGCGCGCGAAUUCGAUUCGUCUUGCCGAGGUGUGGAUGGAUGAGUAUAAAGGAAUCAUUUUCGAUAUCUACGGCAUUCCAAGAUACUCCGAGGCGGAGUUUGGUUCCGUGGCAUCACGCAAAACCAUCCGCGAGACUGCCAAAUGUCAACCGUUCCGGUACUAUCUGGAGAACGCUUUCCCCGAAAUGCACAACCCGAUGGUACCGGGGGCAUUCCGGGGCGAGGUUCACAGUGUGGUGCUGGGCAAUGGCAGCUGUUUGACGUAUCGGCCGGAUGAUCACUUUAUCGGGAUGGCACCGUGUGAUCACCUCGAGAAGGACCAAUUUUGGACGCACAACUACUACCAGGAGCUGAAUAGUUACAGGAAUUGCCUCGACGCCGUUUCGACCGUGGUGGAAGUGUACAUGUGUCACAGGUCGCGGGGUAACCAGGCAUGGAAAUUCUUGGUAGCAAGCGGUCAGAUAGAGAGUGUGGCGAAGAAGCUGUGUCUAGCAUUGGACACGAAGACAAAUACGACCCUUCUUUUGGAACAAUGUGACCCCACCAAGCUGAACCAACAGUGGAACGUUUCAUUCAUUCACUUGGAUGUUUCGAUGUUAAGAGAACAUUGA